AUGCCACCUGUUUCAUUGACUAACGAUGCUCCUAAGAAGAAGCUACGGGUUGCCAUAAUCGGCCAGAGCUUGUUUGCUGCUGAAGUGUUCAAACUUCUGCAAAGGGACGGCCAUGAGGUGGUCGGUGUUUUCACUGUGUUGGACAAAGGAAACCGAGAGGAUCCCUUGGCAACCAUCGCAUCUCAGAAUGGCAAACCAGUAUACAAAUACAAGACUUGGAGGGUGAAAGGCCAAGUGAUACCCGAAGUAUUGGAACAAUACAAAUCAGUAAAUGCAGACAUCAACGUCCUGCCAUUCUGCACACAGUUCAUCCCUAUGGAAGUGAUCACAUACCCUAAGUAUGAGAGCAUCUGCUACCAUCCCAGUAUACUACCCAGGCAUAGAGGAGCUUCUUCUAUCAACUGGACUCUAAUAGAAGGUGACACGACUUGCGGUCUGUCCAUAUUCUGGGCUGACGAUGGACUGGACACCGGCCCGAUCCUGCUGCAGAAGAGCUUCCCCUGCACUAUUGAUGACACAGUCGAUACUAUCUACAACAAAUAUUUGUACCCUGAAGGUAUCAAAGCAUUAGCGGAGGCUGUGAACAUGGUGGCCAACGACACCGCGCCAAGGAUCAAACAGACGGAAGAGGGCGCCACUUACGAUCCCGCGCUAUUCAAGCCAGAGACACACCAGAUCGACUGGUCUAAAGGCGGUUUGGCACUCCACAACUUCAUCAGAGGUCUAGACUCCUCACCCGGUGCCACCAGCUUCAUCAAACCACAGACUAAAGAAGGCGUCGUAGAGGACAGUGAGGCGACCAUAGAGGUCAAAUUCUUCGGCUCUUCUCUAUGGGUCGACGAGUAUGAGACGAAGGGAGAUGCCCUUGUAAUCCCCGGGCUUAGUAAAGCGGCAGUGGUACAUGAUGCUGGCCUGCUUAUUACUGCUAAUGAUGGCGUGAAGCUAAACAUCCAAAGACUGAAAGUGAACGGCAAAAUGAUAGCUGCACAGAACUUCUUCAAGGCCAACGAAGACAAAGUAACUCUAGAACUGACCGCAGAAGAGAAACAAUUCGUUGAAAAUGUCCGCGACGUUUGGAAGGCAAUCCUGCGCAUAGACAUUGAAGACGACACCGACUUCUUUACAUCAGGAGCCGGCUCUAUGGACGUCGUCAGACUUGUAGAAGAAGUCAAAGAUUUAGCCAAACUAGAACUGCAAAACGAAGACAUCUAUAUGAACACGACCUUUGAAGAAUUUUACACCAUUGCUAUAUUGAAGUCUAGAGGUGGCACGGAAAAUGCAGAGAUAGAGUACGAAGGUGUUGAGAUGGAGUGCAAUAAGAUGAAGAUUAAGUUCCCUACUCAGUUGUUCAUUGAUGGUAAAUUUGUGGACUCUGAUAGUGGUAAGACUCUGACGCUGAUUAAUCCGACGGAUGAGAGCGUUAUUUGUAAAGUACAGAGCGCUUCGGCCAGUGAUGUUGAUAGAGCCGUGUUGGCAGCUAAGAAGGCGUUUGAAGAAGGAGAAUGGUCCAAGAUUAGUGCGAGGGAAAGAGGACAGUUGUUGUUCAAACUAGCAGAUUUGAUGGAGCAACACAAAGAAGAGCUAGCAACGAUAGAGACGAUAGACUCGGGGGCAGUAUACACGCUGGCACUGAAGACGCAUGUCGGCAUGUCGAUAGAGACGUGGAGGUACUUCGCGGGGUGGUGCGACAAGAUACAGGGCGCUACUAUACCUAUUAACCAUGCUAGACCUAACAGGAACCUGGCAAUGACGAAGAAGGAGCCAAUCGGUGUAUGUGGUCUGAUAACUCCGUGGAACUACCCGUUGAUGAUGUUGUCGUGGAAGAUGGCGGCCUGCCUCGCCGCAGGGAACACUGUCGUCAUGAAACCCGCUGCUGUAUGUCCUCUAACAGCGCUUAAAUUCGCGGAGCUAUCAGUCCGCGCGGGCAUCCCGCCCGGCGUCAUCAACAUCAUCCCCGGCAGUGGCACUGUCGCCGGACAGGCACUCGCUGACCAUCCACUCGUUAGGAAACUUGGGUUCACCGGCAGUACUGAGAUUGGUCAAACUAUAAUGAAGUCGUGCGCCGCCUCCAACAUGAAGAAAGUCUCCCUCGAGCUGGGAGGCAAGUCCCCGCUCGUUAUAUUCGAAGACUGCGACCUCGACAAGGCUGUCAGAAAUGGUAUGGCAUCGGUAUUCUUCAACAAGGGCGAGAAUUGCAUAGCAGCUGGCCGUCUAUUUGUUGAGGAGACUAUUCAUGACGAGUUUGUCCGUCGUGUCGUAGCCGAGACCAAGAAGAUGAGCAUCGGCGACCCACUGCACAGAGGUACAGCUCACGGACCACAGAACCAUAAGGCACAUAUGGACAAACUUCUUCAGUUCGUCCAGCGUGGUGUGAAGGAAGGCGCGACGCUUGUACUGGGCGGCAACCGCGUGGACCGACCUGGAUACUUCUUCGAACCGACAGUGUUCACUGACGUACAGGAUGACAUGUGGAUCGCCAAAGAAGAGUCAUUCGGACCUAUCAUGAUCAUCAGCAAGUUUAGUAGCAAAAACAUGGACGACGUAAUCCGUCGGGCUAACAACACAGAGUACGGUCUAGCCAGCGGAGUGUUCACGCGGGACGUAUCUCGCGCGCUACAGUUCGCAGAGCGCAUUGACGCCGGCACCGUCUUCGUCAACACGUACAACAAGACCGACGUAGCCGCACCUUUCGGUGGUUUCAAACAAUCUGGAUUCGGCAAGGAUUUAGGACAAGAAGCUCUGAACGAGUACCUCAAGACGAAAAACAUCACAAUCGAGUACUAG